AUGUCUGCUUUCGUGCUCGCCGUCGCCGGCGCUGCCUUGCUUCUCGGCUUCCUCUACAUCGUCAAGAACCGGCGGAGCAGGAGCAAACUCCCGCCGUCGCCCUCGUCUCUGCCGCUGGUCGGUCACCUCCAUCUCAUCGGUCGCCUCCCGCACCGGUCCCUACACGAGCUGCACCUCCGCUAUGGCGGCGACGGGGGCCUCCUCCUCCUGCAGCUCGGGCGCCGGCGGACCCUGAUCGUGUCCACGGCCGCGGCGGCCGCGGACCUGUUCCGCAACCACGACCUCGCCUUCUCCUCCCGCCCGUACAACGCGGCGGCUCACAAGCAGACGUACGGCUCCCGCAACAUCUCCUUCUGGCCGUACGGGGACCACUGGCGCCGGGCCAAGAAGGUCGCGGUGGUGCACCUCCUCUCGCAGCGCCGCGUGGAUGCGUUCGCGCCCGUGCGGCAAGCAGAGGCGGCCGCGCUGGUGGCGCGGACCCGGCGAGCCGCCGAGGCGGGAGAGGCCGUGCAGCUGAAGGAGCUCCUGUACGGCUACACCAACUCGGUGGUCACCCGCGCGGCGGCCGGGACAGCCGGGACGACGGCCGAGAGGCUGAGGCAGCUGCUGUCGCACACCGCGACGCUGUUGGCCGGGUUCCAGGCGGACGACGUGCUGCCGGACGCGGCGGCAAGGGUGUUCAGGUGGGCGACGGGGCUCGAGAAGAAGAUCGACGAUAUGAACGCGGGUUGGGACAGGUUCCUGUCGGAGAUCCUGAGGGAAGAAGGCGGCCUCGAAGGCUUCGAGCUCACGGACGACGAUGCCAUCAAAGCCAUCGCCAAGGACAUGAUAGCCGCUGCGACGGAAACAACAGCCGUGACGCUGGAAUGGGCUUUGGCGGAGCUCGCCCGAAACCCGCGGGUUAUGGCCAAGCUGCAGGACGAGAUCGCGCGCGUGGCCGGCAACUCCGAGCAGGGCGGCAGGUACGAGAUCCCCGCGAAGACCGCGCUGCUAGUCAACGCGUGGGCGAUCGGGAGGGACCCCGCGGCGUGGGACGCGCCGGAGGAGUUCCGGCCAGAGCGGUUCCUGGCCGGCAGCGAGGCGAAGGCGGUGGACUUGAGGGGGACGGACUACCAGCUCCUCCCGUUCGGCGCGGGGAGGAGGAUCUGCCCCGGCAUCAGCUUCGCGCUGGCAGCCCUGGAGCUCGCGCUCGCCAGCCUCCUGCGCCACUUCGACUGGGAGCUCCCCAGCGGCAUGCGCCCGGCGGACCUGGACAUGGUCGAGGCGCCGGGGCUCUCGACGCCGCCGCGCGGGUGCCCCUUGUCCUCGUCCCCAAGCUGA